UGCAGAGAAAUAAAGAGCGUUUGGCGGAUUCUUGAAAUAAAUAUAGAUUGUUUUGUUGCAGAGAUUUAGUGAGAUUCGGCAAAGCUGCUUGUCACAGCAGACGCAUCAAAGGCAGGACGAUGGGUCCUCUCACAGCUUUCAUUGCUUGGACGGUGUCAUCGUACGCCUGUCAUCAGAUGGCUAAGUUGUUUCUUACCAACGUCGGCAUUGUGGCCUCUCACGUGACCCCAGUCACCACGGCUGCUGCUUUAACGUUGGUUCAGAUAUUCUUUUGCUGGCUGUUGACAACAACCACGUGGGAGACCAAAACCACUGACGUCGACGAAGACAAAACUAACCUUGACUUGACAAAUGCGAGAUUACGGGCCAACUAUCGAGUUGCCCUGGUAAUGCACGUGCUGUCGACGUUUCUGACCAACUGGAGCUUAGCACGAACGGAGGCGGCCUCCACGUUGGCCAUCAAACUGAUGGAGCCGCUGGUGUCCGCGUUGGCGCAGCGGGUGUGGCACGGAGAGCCUCUCAGCUACAGCGUGUGGGUCAGCCUACCCUUGGUCAUCGGCGGCGCCGUCGUCUUCGUGUCUGACGAUCCCUUGAGCGUACAGCACGCGCUGAGCGCAGGUGUGGUGCUGGCCAUGGGCUCCAACGUGCUGCUGGCCGUCAGAAACCUGGCCAUCAAGGGACUGCACUCUGGACAACUAAACCUUGGCCCUCGCCGUUUCAGCUGGUCUGUUGGUGGUGUCCUAGUGGGAAUGUCAGUACUAGUGCUGACUGCUGUUUGGUGGCUUGAGAUCGUGGACAUCGUGUCACGGAGGUCAACUCUGGCUGUGACGUCACUGCUGUUAUCGGGGGCGUUUCACGUCACGUACUCGCUGAUCAGCACGAGCGUCAUCCUGCGAGCGUUGGACGUGGUCAGUCACGCCAUGGCCAACGUCAUCAAGCGCGUGCUGGUGGUGGCGCUGCUGUACGUCAGCGGGUCACGUAGUGCAUCUGGCGUCAACGCUGUGGGUCUGACGGUGGCAGCUGUGGGGCUGGCUGUGUACGUCAGAGGGAAAGCAGAAGGCAGACGGAAAAUGUGUAGCAAAAAUACCAGCAUGAACCGCCUGAAAGAGGUGACGUGUUUCCAUCUACCUAAAAGUCGGUUUUUUGUGCUGAUAACUGCGAUGCUUUCACUGCUAUGGUACAGCGCUGAUGUCAACCUAAGCAAACAAAUACGAACAGUUAGUUGUGAACUCAAAGAUCGAUUUGUUUGUAAUAAUCACUUCUCACGUGAUCCUCAGCAUACAGCUGUAAAGGACACUUCUACACAAAAUGAAACAUUAUCUCCCUUUGGUCUUCGGUGGCCACCAGUUCCACAGAAUACAUCGCUACUACAGGAAUGGGGUGAGUUCUUAUCUAUGGAUUACAUCCGCCAUCCCUUCGACACGAACCGUCUGGCUUCUACUCUGCACACCAACGACGAGGUGGUGUGGGAGCUGCAGCGUCUGCACGUGCAGGUUCUGACGUCACUGCUAGCGGGUCGACGUCACGCCAUGCUGAUGGACUUCGCCACUUACGAGAACAAAGGCGACCCCGCAAUCACGGCGGGACAGGUGGCCAUCCUGAAGCGGCUCAACGUGACUAUAGUCUUCAGCUGUUCUACUGGACUCUGUAACAAAAAGAACCUUACAAAAGCAAGGGAGAUAAGCAAAGGUUACAACUCAACAUCGCUUAUUAUUCUUUUGCAAGGUGGCGGUAACCUGGUAGGCUACCCAAUCACAGACUUUAGUAGGAAAAAAAUACUGAAUCUUUUUCCAGAUUUUCCAACUAUUUUGUUUUCUCAAAGCAUCUGGUUACACAAUAGAACUCGAUCACAUCUGAAUAAGUGUCGUGAGAUUUACUCCCACAGGGAGAACCUGACCAUCUUCUUACGGGACAGACAGUCGCUGGGUCUGGCGCAGAAACAUUUUCCAGGGACGAAACUCAUGCUGAUGCCCGACAUGGCGUUUGGCCUGGGCCGUGUCCCGCGCACUAUGCCGCCUACACACGACAUCUUGUGGAUUAAAAGAGCAGAUGGUGAGUCAUCCCGGUAUAAAGUACCCGAGAUACCUACUAACCUCAGUGUUUAUGUGGGUGACUGGUUGAAAUGGACGACAAACAAGGGGAAAACACCAAUGGAGACUUCGUUUCUGAUAGCCUUUAACGGGUUGUCGUUCUUACAACGUGGGCGCGUGGUGAUCACUGACCGACUACACGGCCACAUCCUGUCCGUGCUGCUGGGAAUCCCUCACGUGCUCAUCGACAACCCUCCCUACUUCAAACUCUCCUCCUUCCGUCGGUCGUGGACGGCGGGGUUAUCCAACACGGUGCUGGUCACCACAGGGGAGGAGGCUCUGGACCAGGCACAAAAGCUCCUGAAGAAGUACAAUAAUUAUCUUCCUUCAAUCGUUCCUUCUUAGCAGCUGAGCAUAGUAUUUAUGUGAUUAAUAUUUAAAAAUCCUUUCUUGUAGUCUUCAGCAGAACACGCGUGUUACUGGUUUUACUGUAUAUAGCAGAUUUAGAGAAAAUAUGUAAAUGUUACUCAAAAUUCUGUAAAAUGAUGCAUCUUAAGGUAUCAUGAAACGAUGGUAAAUCCUGAACUCUAUGUUGUCUACCUCGGUGCAAACACUUGUCUUUGAUAGCUACUGCAUAAAUGUCAUGUCUCUCUUUUAUACAAAAUGACAAUCAACAUUUUAAUCUGUUAACUGUAGCUGUUUGCAUUUUAAGAUGUAAAUAAAAUAGAAACUUUGGAAAUUAGACCCACAAAAGCCAAAUUUGUACUUACAUAAUUAUUAUUAUGUUUAAUUGAUGUCCAUUGUGUAAAGAGGGCAACAACCAAAUAUCAUGUACUGAUCUCUCUGUACUUUUGUCAUUUGCGAUUUCAACGUAACGUUGAACAUGAUCAACAAUAGGUUUUAAACAUCUGGAUUCGCUUUUGCAAAUUUAUUCCUUACAUUUAGCUUCAGCUGCAAAAUCAUCCUAUUUCCAAAACAAUCGCAAAAGACACAAAAUUUGUUUGAAAGCGAUGUUGAAGGACGACGUGGUAGAGAACUGAGGAUCGCCAUUGCAUGCUAUGAGGACUGUCUGUCAUCUCGAAGACUGCAUGUUGACUUUCUGU